AUGAGCGCCGUCACGGCGGUCGCCCCGGUCGCGCUCGGCGCGCGCCUCGCGACGCGCUUCCGCGCGCCGGCGUCGACGCGGCGGCAUCAUCACCGCCAGCGCGUCGCGACGACGAGCAAGGCUGUCGCGGAGCAGUCGGACGUCCUCCAGAAGAACAAGGAGGAGUGGAACACCCUCGGUUCCGUCUGCGCGGUCUUGGGGUCGCAGUGGGGAGACGAGGGCAAGGGCAAGCUCGUGGACAUCCUCGCCCAGGAGUACGACAUCGUCGCGCGAUGCCAGGGCGGCGCGAACGCGGGCCACACCAUCUACGACGACGACGGCAAGAAGUACGCGCUCCAUCUCGUCCCCUCUGGCAUCCUCAACGAAAAGUGCAAAUGCGUCGUGGGCAACGGCGUCGUCGUGCACCUCCCCGGGAUGUUCGAGGAGAUCGACACGCUCGAGAGAGCGGGCGUGGCCAUCGACCCGAGCCGGCUCUGCAUCUCCGACCGCGCGCACAUGCUCUUCGACCUUCACAAGGAGGUGGACGGGCUGCGAGAGGCGGAGCUCUCGGGGAACAAGAUCGGCACGACGAAACGAGGCAUCGGGCCGGCGUACGCGUCCAAGGCGACGCGCAACGGCGUGCGCGUCGGGGACAUUCGCAACCCGGAGAAGUUCGCGGCGAAUUUGAGGCUCCUCGCCGCGGACGCGGCCUCGCGCUUCCCGGAGUUUGAGUACGACGUCGACGCGGAGAUCGAGGCGUAUAAAAAGUACGCGGAACGCAUCAUCCCGUUCAUCGCGGACACCGUCGCGCUCGUCAACGAGGAGCACAAAGCCGGCAAGCGCGUCCUCGUCGAGGGCGCGAACGCGACGAUGCUCGACCUCGACUUUGGGACGUAUCCGUUCGUGACGUCGUCGAACCCGAGCCUCGGCGGCGUCUGCGCCGGGUUGGGCCUCGCGCCGAGUAAGUUUGAGACGGUGAUCGGCGUCGCCAAGGCGUACACGACGCGCGUCGGCGCGGGGCCGUACCCCACGGAGCUCUUCGGCGACCUCGCGGACGAGCUCCGCGAGAAAGGGUUCGAGUACGGGACGACGACGGGGCGACCGCGCAGGAUCGGGUGGCUGGACGUCGUCGCGCUGAACUACGCCACGACCAUCAACGGGUUCACGCACAUAAACUUGACGAAGCUCGACGUGCUGAGCGGUCUGAAGGAGCUGAAGAUCGGCGUCGGGUAUAAGAUGCCGGACGGGACGGUCACGACCGCGUUCCCGGGGGACAUCGACGACCUCGCGAGCGUGGAGGUGGUGUACGAGACGGUCCCGGGGUGGGACGAGGACAUCUCGGGUGUUCGCGCGUACGGCGAUCUUCCGGCGGGGUGCAGGGGGUACGUCGAGAGGAUCGAAGAGCUGUGCGGCGUGGAGUGUCGUUACCUCGGCGUCGGACCGGGAAGGGACGCGAUGGUGGUGAAGUUUUGAUUAAGGGCGAAGAGUUUGAUGAGGAGGAGGAGGAGGAGAAGGGUUUUCCCUCCGCGGGUAAUGUUUGGUUUGUUAUCGCAACGUAACACGUAUCGUA